CGAAUCACUAUUCGGAUCAGUUGCCGACGAUCAGCGCCUCAUGAUUUGGGACACACGUUGCAACAACACAUCGAAGCCAUCACACACCGUCGACGCUCACAUUGCUGAAGUGAAUUGCUUGAGCUUCAAUCCAUACUCGGAAUUCAUUCUGGCCACUGGGUCAGCCGAUAAAACUGUUGCUCUGUGGGACUUGCGUAAUCUCAAACUGAAAUUGCACUCGUUUGAGUCGCACAAAGACGAAAUUUUCCAAGUUCAAUGGUCGCCACAUAACGAAACCAUUUUGGCAUCGAGCGGUACCGAUCGCCGUUUGCACGUGUGGGAUUUGUCGAAAAUUGGAGAGGAGCAAUUUGCUGAGGAUGCCGAAGAUGGUCCGCCAGAGUUACUGUUCAUUCACGGUGGCCACACUGCUAAGAUUUCAGAUUUCUCGUGGAACCCCAACGAACCAUGGAUCAUUUGCUCCGUUUCGGAAGACAACAUUAUGCAAAUUUGGCAAAUGGCUGAGAACAUCUACAACGACGAAGAACCAGAAAUACCAGUCAAUGAACUCGAGCAACCCGCCGCUUAAUUUUAACCAAUACAUCUCUUUCAUUUCAAAUCUAACAUUUUCAGUUAUUUUAUAAAAUACUUCUCAAUGACUUCAGAUAAUCACAAACCAUUCCUUCAUCUGCUCCAACCCUAUUGAUGUCAUCGUAGUCUAAGAAUAAAUACCAGGUUCAAUGAAAUGAUAGUUGCUUUUGUUUUUAAAUUGAUGAAUAAACUUUCUCUUUUAAUUUAAAA